AUGUCCGAACAAACCGAAAAGGCUUUCCAGAAGCAAGUUGGUAUCUUCCAAAACUCCAAGAUCCAAAAGCGCACCCAGCGUUGGUACAAGGAUGUCGGCAACGGCUUCAAGACCCCCAAGGAGGCCAAGUUCGGUACCUACAUCGACAAGAAGUGCCCUUGGGUUGGUGAAGUCAACAUUCAGGGCCGUAUCUUGACUGGUGUCGUGGUCUCCAACAAGAUGAAGCGCACCAUCGUCCUCCGUCGUGAUUACCUUCACUACGUUCCCAAGUACAACCGUUACGAAAAGCGUCACAAGAACAUCUCUGCUCACUUGUCCCCUGCUUUCGAUAACUUGGCUGUUGAAAGUGGUGAUAUCGUGACCAUUGGUCAGUGCCGUCCCCUCUCCAAGACCGUUCGUUUCAACGUCCUCAAGGUCCAGAAGGCCAAGAGCACCAGCAAGGCUUUCCAGAAGUUCUAAGUUAGCUUAUCUAUUCUAGAAUAAACUGACUGAACUGCGGUCAAUGUUUUGGCUCAAUCAUUAUUUGGGCGACCUUUCCUUUCUAUGGAUUUUAUAUUGGAAUGAUAUGCUCUAAUGACUGUAGCAUGUCAAGAGAAAUCAGGAAGAUAGUGGUGGAAAGAGGGAAUUUUGAUUUGAUUUUUCUUUUAUUGAAUGAAUGC